CCCCUGGGUAAGCCCGAAGACCCUGGUCCUGGGACCCUAGACGGGUCUUCGUCCCAUCGACUCUUCUUGGCCCUCCUUGAUCCUCCCCGCGCCCUCUGCCUGGGGCCCGCUCUCUUCACGUCGGCUCCCCGUCCCUCCAGGGAGCCUAGGUGUCCCUGGGCUCCACCCGGUCCCUCCUGGGACCUCUCCCCCCUCCACACCCUUCCCGCACCCUGGAGGCCCGGCUGGACACGACCCAGAGCUGCCACCGCCCGCUUCUGCCACUCAAUGGAGGACAGUCUGCUGGAGAUCAUGACCAAGGACGGCGGCGACAUGCCGGCGCCUCUGGAGGUGUCCACGGUGCCAGCCGUGGGGGACGUGAUCUCUGGGGAGUAUAACGGCGGUAUGAAGGAACUGAUGGAGCACCUGAAGGCCCAGCUGCAGGCCCUGUUUGAGGACGUGAGGGCCAUGCGAGGGGCACUGGACGAGCAGGCCUCGCACAUCCAGGUUCUGUCGGACGACGUGUGCGCCAACCAGCGGGCCAUAGUCUCCAUGUGCCAGAUUAUGACCACUGCGCCCCGCCAGGGGGGCUUGGGCGUGGCCGGCGGCAAGGGGAGCUUCCCGAGUGUUCCCCAUGAGCCAGAGACACCUUCGUCUGGGGUUGGGGACAGCGGCUUGCUGGGUCACGAUCCUGAUGAAGAGGACGAGGACGAAGAGGAGAAAGAGACACCUAACCCCGCCACACCCACCAGUCACUGCGAACGCUCUGAGAGCCCCGGUCUCCUUGGGGAGAAUGGGCCACUUGUGGAGCCCCCCGACCUGCCCGACAUUACCCUGCUGCAGCUGGAGGGCGAGGCCUCUCUGUGAGGAGGACCCCACCGGGGAACCAACUACCCUGGCUGGCUUUGAGUUCCCAAGUGCUUAACCCGAGGGGACUGAACAGUGCGGUGCAGUGUUCACUUCAAACGUGGUUCUUAUAGGUCAGGGAGAGAGACUCCCUCAAAGAAGGAUGUGUAGGAUGAAGGACUUUGGAAGCAUCGGGAAUUCCACCCAACCAGGCAUCCUAGCAAACUGCAGAAAGGACACAGGAGGACCAUUGAAUUAUGUAAAUAAAAUUCUGCUUUUUCUAUUCUGAAAAAGGAGUCAUCUAGGACUUUGGCAAAUAAUCUCUAUUUACCUAGAAAUUAAGGAAUUGGGGUAUUCUGUUCUGGCAACAGGAAAUUUACCCUUUCACUGAAAUCCAACAUCCACAGUGCUCUGCGGAAACCUCUCCCCCUUACAGAUCGCUCUGCAGCAGCUGAAGGGUGAAGAAGCUGAGGAGGGAACUGCAGCCCUAGGAAUCAGGGUUCCCAGGGCCCCUGGGCUGGGAGGAGCUGGCUCUGAUGUGCAUGAAGAACACAAUAGCUCAAGCUCUGGCGCUGAGCAUGCAGAACCGAACCUGUCCCUUCACUGACUUCACCUGGGCCUAGAGAACAAAGUGCUCAGGUCGCAGGCAGAGACUUGGGACUGCUCAGCAACAGUCCAGAUUUAGGGGACUUCUGAGGAACUCCUGGGGGAGGGGGCACUGCAGCCCCAAACUGUCUUUUCUGGCUAUACCUGUUUAACUUCAGUUCCUUCUUUUCCUGUCAAUAUGUCGGUACCCUCUGCUUUUUGGUGUUGCGUCCAUAAUGUCUCGUGUUCCAUGUGUCCACUUGUGUAGUAGUGUGUGAGCCCUCAGGGGCAGGGUUGUGGCUCUAGUGUUAGGUUCAGGGGCUUCAGACCCGUCUGCGAGCCCCAGGCUAUCAUGGCGCUUUCUGCUCUUUUCCCCUUUGCCCCACUCCUCAACCAGGGCAUGGAGCAUGUGGCUGUCCUGAGGUUCCCUUAACUGAUGUGCCUCCCUCCUACCUUCUGAAGUGGUGACAGUGUGUGCCCCUCCCCGCUUCUUUGUGUAUCCUUUCUCAAUGCUUUGCUUAAUGUCAACCUUAAUAAAAAGGCAUCAUCCC